AGCUAAAUUUGUGCCUGUGUCUGAUCUGGGGCAUUUGAAGCCGUCAGCAGCCAGUCGGGGAGGUGCCCUCCUGCCCAGCAAGAACUUGCAAGGCGGCCAUGUCGCACAGGAAGUUUUCAGCCCCUCGACAUGGCCACCUGGGCUUCCUGCCCCAAAAGAGAAGCCGGAGGCACCGAGGGAAGGUGAAGACCUGGCCCCGUGAUGACCCCAGUAAACCUGUACAUCUCACAGCCUUCCUGGGCUACAAAGCUGGCAUGACCCACACUCUGCGUGAAGUCCACCGGCCUGGCCUCAAGGCGUCCAAAAGGGAGGAGGUAGAGGCCGUAACCAUUGUGGAGACCCCACCCGUGAUUGUGGUAGGAAUCGUAGGCUAUGUGGCCACCCCUCGGGGCCUUCGGAGCUUCAAGACUAUCUUUGCAGAGCAUCUUAGUGAUGAAUGCCGGCGCCGCUUCUACAAGAACUGGUACAAGAGCAAGAAGAAGGCAUUCACCAAGGCCUGCCAGAAAUGGCGAGAUGAAGAUGGGAAGAAGCGGCUGCAGAAAGACUUUGCAUCCAUGAAGAAGUAUUGCAAGGUCAUCCGUGUCAUUGUCCACACCCAGAGAACUGGAAGUACCUGUAUGAUCAGGUUGGCACCACCUGGGAUCUAUCUGGCACAGAUGAAGCUGCUGCCAUUCCGACAGAAGAAGGCUCACAUCAUGGAGAUCCAGCUGAAUGGUGGUACCAUAGCUGAGAAGGUGGAAUGGGCGCGAGCCCGGCUGGAGAAGCAGGUGUCUGUGCACACAGUCUUCAGCCAGAGUGAGGUGAUCGAUGUGAUUGCGGUUACAAAAGGCCGUGGCAUGAAAGGGGUUACCAGCCGUUGGCACGCUAAGAAACUCCCACGAAAAACACAUAAGGGACUGCGUAAGGUGGCCUGUAUUGGGGCCUGGCACCCUGCAAGGGUGGGCUACUCCAUUGCUCGAGCUGGCCAGAAAGGUUACCAUCACCGGACAGAGCUCAAUAAGAAGAUCUACCGAAUUGGCCAUGGGAUCCAUGUGAAGGAUGGGAAAGUAGUUAAGAACAAUGCAUCCACCAGCUAUGAUGUGACGGACAAAUCCAUCACACCCCUGGGGGGCUUCCCACACUAUGGUGAAGUGAAUAAUGACUUCGUGAUGCUGAAGGGUUGCAUUGCUGGGACCAAGAAGCGUGUCAUCACUCUCCGAAAGUCCCUCCUGGUGCACAGAACCCGGCGGGAUCUGGAAAACAUUGAGCUAAAAUUCAUUGAUACCACCUCAAAGUUUGGACAUGGAAGAUUCCAGACAGCCCAAGAGAAGAGAGCCUUCAUGGGUCCCCAGAAGAAACACCUUGAGAAGGAGAAGACAGAAGCAGCUACAGGUGACCUAUAAGGCAGAAGAAGCUAGGCAUCCAGAGUAGGACCGUGGCCUAAUGGUCCCUCCCCUAGCAGAGAAAUCUUCUCCUCAAUAAAAGAGGCUGUUGGGAAAAAUUCAAUAAGUAUUUUUU